AUGAGCAGACGUGUAUCGUCAUCGCUUCACUAGUCGCGCGGAGGACAAAGAGACAAAAAUGGGUCAUACUCAGGGAGCGCAAGGACCCCUGCAAAAGCCUAAGAGCCGCCUUUGAGACACUGCGUAUUAGUCUCUAAUGAAAAAAGGUGCAAGGUUCUACCGAGAUAAAGGAGUGUACAUGAACGGUGGACCCAAAGGACUUGAGACCGUCUGAUGGAGUUUUACCUGCACAUACAACGCACUGGUCAGUACCUCAGUUCUGAAAUUAUUUUAGUUCUAUUAGAUUUACAUUUCUAAGAAGAUACUGAAAUUAUAAGGAUUGCUAUGUUGCACACUAAUCCUUCAUUUGAUUAAAAGUAGAAAUAAUGUGAUAUUACUCUGAUCCAACAUUGAAAAAUGUGCUUGAAGUAUUAAAGUACUAGAAUGUACUUAAAUAUUCUGUACAUUUAGAAUGAGUUGGAACUAUGUUGUAGCUGGUGCUCGUUGCUCUGUGGAACCAUAAAAGAUCAUGAAGAGAGAAAAAGAAUCAAGGAAUCAGCCAUAAAUAGAGCUGGGCCUGAUCGUGAAGGACUCCUGUUUUGUACAGUGCAUAUGCUAAGACAAAGGGAACAUUAGACCUUCAGUAUCAACCAGUUUAUCAACUUCAAGCACUUGCUGAGAGUUUAAGCAAAGAGAGUUAAACUCUGGGUGCCAGUUCACAGAUUUAGACUAAUCCUAAUCCAGACUUAGACUAAACAGAAUUUGCUAUGGUGUUUCACCAUUGGAUCUGCAGUUGCAUCUGGUACUAGGUUGGGCUAAAUCCACACCCAGAAAAUGGGCCCUGUGAGUUUAAGCCCUCUUUAAAAAAUCUCUGACCAAUCCCAGAAGGACUCUGCUGACCCCGAGAAGCCUCUGGAUCUCCUGAGCCCCAAAGCCAUGUCCCUGGCCCGGAGAGGCCCCGGCUGGGGGGCUGUGCUGCUCCUCGCCGCUCUGCUCUUCCUCCAGGCCGACGGCAUCACCUCAGCCAUUGACGGAGAGACGUGUUACUCCAGGCAGCACCGAGACGCCAUCGUCAACGUACACGUAGCGCUGAACGGGAACGGGGCCACAAUGGAUGCCAGGGUGGAGGCGGCUGAGAGGGACUGUGUCCUGGCCUGCUGCUCGGAAGAAGUGAAGCCAGGUAUAAAGUGUAAUAUGGUUGUGUAUAAGCCAUCAAGCAAAGAUGGCGCUGAGAACUGCUACCUGUUUCACUGCGAGACUGAACACGACUGCCCACUGAUGGUGGCCAAUCCGGGGAUCAACACUUAUGACAUUUUUAAAGGCUUGACACAUCCUGCUGUGAAAGGAAAUCCUCCAACAAAACAACCCACGACUACUCAAUCCACCUCAGCGACCGUAAGCCCAAAAGCCACGAUAGCCACAGUCACACAGCCACCCCUAGCAACCACCACAACCCAGCCCCCGACGAUGACAAGCACCACACCACCCACUACAACUACCACAACCACCACCUUGCCCAUGACCACCACCACUGAAGUUACAACAAAGACAACCAAUGCUCUUGCUACUCGUGAGUCUGCUGUUGUCCUGGUCACAAUGCCUGUUGUAACCAUGCCUUCCAUGCCUGUUGCUACAAUAGUGACUACCGCAACAACAAAGACACAAGUCAGCAGUACAACCACAGCAGUAACUUCAACAACUUUAUCACCUACACUACCACCAAAACCGCCCCAGCCACAUCAGGUGCCUGCGAAAUCCAGCAGGCCGCUGAAACGACCAGAAGCCCAUGCCGGCAGACCCAAUGCCAAAACAGUUGAGAUUUCCACCAAAACCAUACCAACCACCACUGCCACUCAGAAACCAACAACCACCACUGCUCCAACUACUACUUCAACCACCACCAGCACCACCACCACUAUCACUACUGCAACUACUACCACACCUUCUACUAUGCCUUCUACCACCACUACCACAACUACCACCACCACAGCUACCGCAGAAAGGACAACUGUAGUAGUUGUAGGAACAGAGAAUGAUCUGAAGAACAAGGCCUUGGGGCCUGACACUCUGAAGCCUUCAACAGCUGGCUCCGGCCCAGGUAAGGCCCCACGGAGCCAGUCAGUUUGGAAGAACAGCCUGGUGGUGGUGGUGGUGGUCACUCUUAUCUUCCUCACGCUACUCCUAGCCAUCGUGGGCCGCAAGGCUGUGGAGUCUUUCGACAGGAGACAUUACACUAGAUUAGAGCUCAAUGACCUGCACUACGAGAUCUGA